AUGAAAAUGUUUCUGACGCGUCCGUGACGCACCUGCGUUCGUUGAAAACGGAACUGUACAGAACGAACUAGCGGUCUAUCGACGGCCUUCCAUUUGUACUACUACAACAUACGUGCCUCACUUCAAGAACGGAAAAAGCCGUCUGAUUCACCUCGCCUCGGGGCAUUGUGUCGCAACUUCCAGGCCGUUCUCGUAUCGUACAAGAUUGCUGGAGGGCAUGAGUCAGCUCAGGGGGCAGAACGUCGUGCCCCGGCCAGUGCUCCUUGCUUCAAACGUGUCCAGAACUCGUCCUGUCCGGUCGACUCGACUCGACAUGCAGUCCAUCGUUUCGCAGAUUUAUGGUGAGGUUUUGAAUUUUGACAAACCGAGGUUCAGCUGGAGUUCAACUGGAUGCUGGUCAUUCAGAAAACGUUAAUUCCUUUAACUAAAAAACUGUCAAAAAUUAUUUUCAGUAGUUUAUUCGCUAUUCUAGUGACUUUAAAAAGUUCUUAUACUUUUUUUAGAUCGAGGAACCCCAAAAUUGUAUAAAAAAAUUCUGUCAGCCCAGUUUUUUUAUGCAACUGAAGAGUGUUGAACCGUUCUCCUGAUACACAUAUUCAGUGCGACCGACCUCCAAAGACUCACGCUGACCGCUUCGCAAUUUAGUCGAACUAUUAAAUUUUAGUCUUUAUUACGAAAGCUUAUCUCUAAACCUCACCGAAAAAAGAGUUACUCUUAUAGAGUUAGGUAAAAGGAACAGGCUUCAGAAUAUUCUUGUGUCAUGCACGAAAAAGAACUCUCAGACAAGUCAGAUCCUUUCAAAUAGCGCCAAUUACAGGAUCAGCUUCCAUAAUGAAGCCUAAAUUUAUCUCCUCGCGAGUUUUUUUCCAGUAUGUAGGAGCAUGAAAAUCUACUUGCUCAUUAAUCUUGCCGACUCAUCUUUGAACUCAAAAACAGUGGAAAAUGUCAGACUUUCUAAUUAGAAAUAAUAGAGAAGUUCGGCAAAGUUCAAAAGAUUGAAGGCUCGAAAGUCUCUUUUUUGUGGUCUACGGCUACAAUUUUCGUUGAAAGCUGGCAGCAGCUGUCCGUUAGUCACAGAAGAAGUUGAUCUCUAGCAAAAAGGCUGAUUCACGAAGCCAGUUUACCGUAUUCUCUAGAGAAAGGACUGAAAGUUACCACAAAUAAAACAAGGCUCCUCCUUGCGAGACCAACGUCCUUUGGUGUUUGGUCCGUAGAAUGGCGCGAGAAGAAAACUCCUUAUAGAGCCGUGCUUUUGGUCUGCUGCUUCUCUGCAACUCCUCCGUUCAGUUGGCGUUUGCCGUAUUCUAUCGCGGAGUGAAGCGCGAUCGCUUAGCUCGAAGACCUCCCAUACAAAAUGGAAAAGCCCCACAGUGUCGCAUGGCCUCCGUCGCUUUGACAAAAAUUGUAAAUAACUUUUAGAACCCGCAAAAUGAACAACAUAGCAACACAACAGUUCUUUAGAUACAUGACAUCAUUGGGGGUGGAGAAAUAGAUGAUCGCGGUGCAAAAUUUUCAAUGAAAAUGUUUUUGUGCUCUUUCGCCCGCUAAAAGAUCACCAGUUGUCGGUCUAGUAUAAAUAUGCCGAGGUCCUCAGCUGAGCGAGAUGGCUGUCUUGUUAAGGAGCUAAAAAUAAGAAAUAUUUUUGCGUCUGAGGCGUAUAGUCAGUUCUUUAAGAUUCUAAGGAACUUGAAUAGUUUUCAAUCGUAAGAUUUUUCAUAGAGGAGAUUGUCUUUCUUGACAUAUUUCUUUUUCAAUCUAUGAAAAAUCAUUUUAUUCAUGUCUAAAUUCAAGUUUCGGUUUUCCUUUUAAUAGAAUGAUCCUCGGCAGUUCUAAGAAAACACCCAAAAGAAUUUGUGCAUCUGACUACUUUUUUCCCUAAAAACGAGCUUAUCUUCUCUUCGGCUCGUUAUUUUUCCAUUCCCUAUUUUCUCAAAAUGAGCCCAGAGUUCUUUCCUCAGCUGAUUUGUUUUCACUUUUUCUCUGAAUAUCAGAACAUGACGCAUAAGACACCUGCCCUUUUCUGAACCUGUGCUUCCUUGUUUAUUGCCCAAAAAAGGUCAGAUGUGGGUAUAACGUUUCGGCGAACGUACACGUCGCUUCUCUAGGCAAUUUGCGAGCCUUAGUACAACGGAGUCGGGCUGGGGGUGCAGAAGCAAGGAAAAAGCAUUUGCUUCUUCCUGGUCUCCGCUCCGCCUACUCUACUGGCCGUCGCAGCUAUUUUGCUCCUUUUGAGAACUUCUGAAUGGCGCUUUUUUAGCUUUGGUAGUAGUCAGGAUGAAUAAGUUUUUUGGUUUAUUUUGAAUUCUUUCGAAAUUUUUGAAAGAUUUUUUUCCAUUUGAGAAUCGAGAAACAUUCUAAAUUCUGCUAGUCGACCCCGAUUACUUUUCAACAAGGCAUACUGUAAUUUCGAAACGUUUGCGGAGUCUUUGUUAUCAACGGAGUUGGUCUGUUAGUGGUCUCUCAGAGGCGAUCUCUAGCUGUUGCUGUUCAAUUGUAAAGCAACUUUUUUGCUCCUCUUCUUGCAAAGAUCAUCGAGUGGGAGUCACUUGGGAAUCGUUCGCUUUUGCUUUUUUCUCAGUCCAUAGUACGCUUAGGUAGCCGUUGCUGUUCAAACAGACAACUGGAGUGCAUUGUGAAACGCUAUUAAAAGGCCGCACCUCCCGCGGUACGAUGAUCUCUGAAGUCUUCCGCCUUGCUGGAUAUUCCUUUACACCUGUUUCUCAUAACGGCUAUUUGAUAGCCAGCUUAGUUUUUGUUUCUCACAAAAAUAACGACCGUGGUUUUAAUUUUGCUGUUUGGUGUUGAAUGAAGCACCACGUGAAUCAGAAUUUUCAAAAGAGAAACACCAUUUUUUCGUGAAGGAGUUCUUUCCUAAGGUUUAAAAAUUGUGAAACUCUCGGCUUCACUAAAAAGUUUGACUUGGACCAUACCUACUCAAAUGAACUUACUGAACGUUUUGAUUUUCUAAGUUUCAGCACCAGUUUUUGACGAUUUCCUAAAAAACUUUCCUUUUUUGAAUUUCGAUAAUCAAAGCUAAUGAAUGGUAUUGCACUGAGAGUUUUUUUGGCGCCUUUUAAGGCAUGGAAAGUUUUCUGAACCGUAUUUAGGUUAACUUCUGUUUUUUUGGUUUAAAAAAAGAAAAAAAAAAUGGAUCAAAAAAGCCUCACCUUUAGAAGACAUUUUUAUACUUCUAGACAAGUUAUUAUUUUCGUUACUUUUUUUUUCGAUCGAAUACAGUAAGGCGUUUGAAAAAAAUCUAUGAGAAAUUUCCAUUCAAAAACUCAAAAACCGAAAAUUUCACAACAAGGAUAAUUUUUCAAUUUUUACAAUGACUUUUAUGACAUAAACUUAAGAUCUUAUGAUUCUUCGAGGAGUAUAAUUCUCUUCAGGGCUUGCUCGCUUAAAGAUUACUGUAAGUUUUUGUUGAUGUGUUUGUGCGCAAGGAAAGGUCGUUGAUCGUACGCGUUUCCCAGUGAUCACAAAGCCACGCCCCCGUCGCAGAGGUGGCCCCACCUAUCUCAGUGUUGGCCGAGUUCAUUUUUUCGAAACUUGGUCCUUAGGCACUGGUCGCUGCAUCUGGCGGACGAUAAAGUCAAGAAGACGGUUAUCAUGACUUGGAAUCUGUCGGAUGCAGCAGUCUGUACUGAUAAGGAGCGCGCACCUAUUCCUCUAGAGAUCACAAAGAUCAAACGAGACGGUGCCAGUGAAACAACCAGCCGUAGACACUCCCCUUCAUAGAGACCUCCCACCUUUUGCUUAUAUUCUAUUCCGUGUUGAGGUGUCUUGCCACACCGCUCUUCCUAUCUUCUUCUCUAAUUUUUUUCAUAAUAAAAGUGAUGGCAAACUUUCAUUUCUAUUCUUUUCUUGUUUUUAAUGUCGUUCACUUUAGUGCUCGACUAAAAAUUAUUCUGUUUUUGUUUUUUUCUUCUUUGAUGCUUUAGGUAGAGGCGUCCAUUUGGGAACGACGCCAACAACAGUUUGAGUCGUUUUUCAAAAAUCGCGCGUUGUCCUUUGAUCGCCGAGCUUGUUGCUAUUUACGACGUCUAGUUCUAUUGUUGUCACAUGCCGAAGCGAGGGAGGAGCCUCAAUAGUCUUGGUUUUUCCGUGGUCGCUUAUCCAAACUCCGCCUAUUCUUUUUCGAAGCUCCACCUCUCUCCUCCGUCUUUUUUUUUGCCCUUUCCGGAUUCUGACUCAGUCUCAUGCAGUACUUUUGAAGAGACAUUUCUGAUUUUUCUUUCAUUUUAGUUUUCACAAUACUACUUUACUUUUUCUUCACAACUCUUAAUAAUUCCAACUUUGUUUCAUUUCACACUUUCUAUCUUUUUUCAUCAUACUUAUUUUUAAAAAAAUUACUCAGACUUUAGUAUUCCAUGAAAAUUUCGAAAUUUAGCGACGAUUCAUUCAGCAGCGACUCGUUAACACUGUCCCUUUGAUCAUUGGUCAUAUAUUGUUUGCAGAAAUGACAGACGCUGGAACUUCUACAGCAGCAAUGGCCUUCGCAGCACUCAUGGGCUGUGGAUCUCCCAGCCAAGCCGCUUUCGCAAUGGAAUCUUUACUGAAACCCGAACUCGCCGAUUUUGGAGCCAACAGUGGCCACAACAGUUCGAAUGAGGAAUCAUCAAUUUGGUGAGUUUUAUGAUGAAAUUCAGAAAUAGGUACCGAUAAGGAAAAGUGUGGUGAUUGUUGGGAAAGUGCGUGAUCCGCUCGUUGUGCUUUGAUCUCUCGGUCUCUGCGGACCUUGCUAUCUAGCGACCUCUCCCCAUAGAGGUCGUCUAGCGACCUUCGAACUGUUCACGUAGACACACAUUGCGCAUUGCGCAGGUAUUUGAGAAGGCAACCAAAGCAACUAAGUUUCGAAAGGUGCACUUGACAAAGAGAUGUUUGUAGAGUUUGUUGCAAGUUUUUUCGAAAAGCUGAAAAUCAACUUCUUAAUACAUAUUCUCAAUUCAUCGAACGCGUCAAGCAUAUUUUUCAAAUUUCAAACAGAAUAAUAAUUUCUCGCGUAGAACGUGAGAGAAAAAUUUAAUUUAUUCUUUUUUUUCCUUUGGCAUUUUUGAUUUGAAAUAAUUUAUUGUGAAUAUUAAUUCCUUACGUCAAGUAGUUCACCGUACUUCGGUUUUUGAUCCCAGACAGACGAUCGUUGCUCCCCGAAAGUCCUCUUUGUGGCGCGUUAAACAGAGCGCAGCGCGCAAGAUCCGGUUUUGAGAGAUCACCAACAAAGCGACGAAUUCUCCGAUUUUUGGUUGUACAUUUCCUCAUCAAGGGUUUUGCAGCUCGGUAUGUUGCGAUGAGGCGAGCGGUCGACAUUAUGGAGUCGUCGCCUGCUUCGGAUGCAAGGGAUUCUUCCGUCGCACUGUAAGAACAUUUCAAAAUCAUCGUCUCUGAAAUGGAAUUUGCAGGUUCGAGCCGGAAAGAAUUACGUCUGCAGAUACGAGCAGAAAUGCAGAAUUGAUAAAGGUUCGGUUUGAGUUUCCAGUCUCUGUCCCCAUAAGGUAGCGAUAAGAUGUAGACCGUGUUUGAUCUUUGAUAUGGGCCCUCCCCCGCGACCUGUGUGUUAGUCACAGAACGCACAGAUCACUCAGACCUUGUCUGGUUGGUCUUUCCUCUCACCCAACCUUUCGUCUAACGCGCGGGGCCGCGCUUUGUCGGAGAAAUCUUUGAUUUCCAAAGUGCAGAAUCUCUUCAUCUGAAGUCAAAAGACACUUCGAAUUGUCUAAAAUCUCUUGACCUCUUAAACGGAUUUGAUAAGAUUGAAAAUGAUGGAUGAUACCCCGCUCGAAAUCGAAAAAGAAAAAAAAGACACUGAUAAUCUUUUAUCUUUUCAGCUGGUCGCAAUGUAUGCCGAUCGUGCCGCUUCCAAAAAUGCCUCGAAGUCGGAAUGGAACCUGAUGGUUAGUAGAACUUUCGAAUUUUCCAACUAUUGGUCGAACUUGACCUGUCUGGCGCGUGAAUACAGUUGAUUCAUGUGUGACCUUGCGCCCUUAAAACUUUUUUGGGACCGUUUCGCGGAGAAACGCAUUUCCUGCGGUUUUUGAUGUUUGCAAUAUUACAUCUUGAAAUUCCAAGAAGGUAAUUAAAUCAAAAAUUUACAGCCAUCCGACCUGACCGCGAUAAGACUGGACGUCAAAAGAACCCUCGCCGAAAUGGACAUUCCAUGUCUUCCAACUCUUCUUAUGAUAGCAAUGGAAAGAAAUCAUCAGUAUCUUCCAUGCUCGGAGAUUUACCAUGUGUUAAGCCUAAGGUACUGAAACGAGAAGAAAAAAAAUCAUUUAAUUCCAUUUUUUAAGGAUGACUCCGAUGACUCGGGUUAUUCUCAAUCUCCACGCUCAGGAAGCUCAGCUUCUCCAAUGGAUAUGCGACCUUCGAUUGUCGACGAAUCCGUCCUAACCACUCUUUGCGAGAUUGAAAAGAUCAUUUUGCAACUACGAGACGUCGGAGUUGUCUCUCCGUUGAGCAGCCCUUCCCUAAUUGAAGCUGUCUCUCGGCCUUCUCUUUUGGCCUCAAGGACACCGGUCAGUUUUUAUCUUCACACAAAAUCUUUCCGUUUAACCUUGGAUUUUCAAGUUUCGACAUGAAUUCAAAAAUUUGAUUUCAGCUGAACUUCAAAGGCGACAGUGGAGAUGCGAAUUUGGAGUGUGUCAUUGACAACGUCCGACGUCUUUUGGUGAUGGUUAUCGAUUACGUUAACACGCUCAAGCCGAUCGCCGACAUGAACUAUGACGAGAAGGUAGAUUUUGACUCCUAAGAGACAAAAAGGGAUGGAAAAAUGGGUGAAUAAUGGUUAUUUUUCAGAUCAUCUUGAUCAAAAACAGUGUGAUGCCGUACACUUUGCUUGUUGUCGCCUUCCAAACCUACAUCAACGGCUUCACCAACACGGAAACAAUCAACUUGCCCUCGGGCCAUCACCUUUCCGCCAAAGGUUCUUUGUUUGCCCAAAACGAGGAUGACAAACGCCACGUCAUUCUUGACGCAAAGGCCGAGUGAGUUUUUGGAUUUCAACACCCUCAAAACUCCCAGAAAAGUUAAUAAAAAUAUAUGUUUUCAGUUCGAUCCGGAAAAACCUUGUUGAAAGCGUCGUGAGCCAACUGAGGAAGCUUGAAGUCACCGAGACCGAAAUGGUAGCAUUGAAAGCAAUUUUGAUGCUUGACCACAAUGUCAGAGGUCUGACAGCAAGAUCAAGUGCCCUUCUGCUUGGUAAAUAGAACUAAAGAAAGUUCAUUUAAGCAAUGAGAUUAUUCUUCAGUUGCACGCGAAUCCGUUCAAAACGCUCUGUUCUCCUACUUACUACAGAAGACUGGCCACACCGAAGCGACAGCACGAUUCGCCCAUUUACUGAUGCUUAUCGCAUCGGUUACGGUAAGAUUGAAAAAGCGUGGGCGCCGAUGAUUGGUUCAUUUGUUUUCAGAAAGUCGCCUACUCAACCGCAACCUUUUUGCAAAUGAGCAAGGAAGUGAGCUAUUCAAUCGACUCUGUGAUGGACGAACUUUUGCUCCAUGAGUACUAA